AUGGAGUGGAGGGGAAGAAGCAGGAGCAGAAUAAGAAAUGGAGCUUUGAAAGCUUGCAGAGAUUGUCUGGAAGCACUGGAAGAGGUCUGGGACCUGACUUCACUUCUGCAAAGACUUCUGAGGAGGCUCCCUGACAAGGGUGGCUUUCAUCAGGAAACCCAAAGCCCUGGGGAGUUACCCGAUUCUGUUAGGAAGCACCCAGCUGACAAGUACAGCCCUCAGACCUGGGAGGUACCUCUGAGCUGGAUUAUCACAUACCCAGACUUCGAGAAGCUGCAUCCCUUCCGGAGUGACAUUGCCAUGUUGCAGCUGCUCUUUCCUGUGAACUUCACCUCCUACAGCAUCCCUGCCUGCCUCCCAGUCCCUGGCAUGAAGCUCCCCAGUAACUCAUCCUGCUGGAUAACCAGUUGGGGGAUGCUCAACGAGGAAACACCUCUGCUCGAUCCUUUCCAUCUCCAGGAGGGAAGGUGA